CAAGCGCCGGCCCCCGGCAGUGCCGCCGCUCGCCCUCGUCGCCUUCGGCAGCUCCGUGCCCCACUGCGUAGCGGUGUCUCUCGCGGGCCCCUAACGCUCAGUGUCUCCUUUCUGUUGCAGGCUGACAAACGGGCUCAUCACAACGCACUGGAGCGCAAGCGCAGGGACCACAUCAAAGACAGCUUUCACAGCCUGCGGGACUCGGUCCCCUCCCUCCAGGGAGAGAAGGUGAGUUUAUUGA